UACCUCCUGUGAUUGUCUGCUUGUUCUGACCUCUCAUCCACAGUUUAUCAGCCUGGCAGGCCAACACGACAGACUUUGGCUACACGCUACCAUGUUCUGCUUUAAACUCUACAGUUUCCUGUCCACAAAAAGGGUUUUUAAACUAUGUGUACACAGCAUUUAAUUCAGUUAUGGCUCCCCGGCAACUGUAUGACCCCCCCUGUUAUUGCUGGAACCAGAAACUGACAUCGUGAUGGUCCUUGUCAGAUUAGGCCAAUCAAUGACACUGACCAGAGGACAGCGGAAAAAGAGAAAGAGGAAGAGGAGGAGUAGAAGGAGAAGGAGAACUGAGGGAUACGUGUGGAUGUGUGUUUGUUGAGGGAGGGGGGCAGCUCCUCCCAUAAUUAAGUUAGUGUGCUGCGCUGGAGGUCCAUGUUUACGGGGCAGGCGAAGGAGUUUCCUUCACUCUGUGGACAGCUCUGUGGAGACGGCAGGAGAAGCUCUCUCACUCUCUUCUGUCUCUGAUUAUUUCUGCAACUCAUCCCUCACUGCGCUGCGACUGGCUGACCUACACGAGGACAAGGCGGGGGGUGAAGAAGCAGCAGCAACACCUGCCUAACCCUUCACUGCUGCCGCCAUCCCUCCGUCCGUCCCCGCUUCCUGCCCAGUCUGGGACCUAGCCUCCACCGAUCUCUCCGCCACCCCCGCUGCCAUCAUGUGCGACUGUUUCCACCUGGCCUUUCCCAACUGGCACGCUGCCUCCUCUGGGACGAGACCUGGACGAAGGCUGCAAGGCCCAGAGCCUGCCACAGAGGACUCAAUAUGUGAUGAGCCAUCUGAGUUUGCAGAGAGUGAGAGACCACGCCCACAAGGGUCAUCUCCAGUUGAGGAGUUUCCUGAGACUGAAAAAUACAGUGACAGUGAUAAAGAGUGUGAAGCAGAGCAUCACCCACACCACAAAGGUGGGACUGGAAAGAAAACUAAAAAGUCUGGGCUCGGGUCCAUGUUUGAAAAGCGCUCUACUCCAAAGAUGAGUAAACUCAAGGAAGCUGAGAGCCCUGAAUCAGAGGUGAUAGUGAAAACGGCCAAAGAUGGAUGUGCAGAGGGUCUCAUUUAUGGUGGAGGGGGAAAAGAAGGGAUUUUCAUUAAGGAAGUAGUGCCAGAGUCACCAGCCUCAAAAAAUCUAAAACUGAAAGAAGGUGAUCAGGUUUUGAGUGCCACUGUGUAUUUUGACAACAUGUCAUAUGAAGAUGCCAUUCAGAUUCUGGAGCAUGCUCAGGCAUACAAGCUGAAGCUUUGCUUGAAACGCAAGCCAGAGAUCACAGAGACCGAACCAGCCAUCGAAUCUGACGUUAUACCUGAAGAAGACCUCCACACUCCACAGAUGAGAGAACAAGGAAAAACUAAAAGACGUGGAGAAGCUCGCAUUUCGUGGCCCAAGUUUUCAUCCUUUGGAAAAGGGCGAAAAUCACGUUUUACAAGGUCUCACAGUUCCUCAGAGGCUGAGGAGCAAAGAAAGCUUGAACUCAGCCCAACAACAAGCGACACAGAGUCACCGGUAAAAACUCAGGAUGCUCUCAAAUACAAGAAAAAGCAUAAAAUAAAACUACCUGGUCUGACAAAGAGAGGCCGCAUAAGUUCAUCUGAGGAGCAGGACACAGAUGUGCAAACUGGACAGAUCAGUGGUGACACUCACCACACACAAGAAUCAGAUAUGCUUUCACCUGAGUGCCUUGAAAGCCCCUCAGGAGAAAUGCCUGAAGCCUAUGUGAAAAAAGAUCUGAAAGUAAUGAAAGAUGUGCAACUUGAAGAAACCAGUCUAACGGUCCGUGAAGCUCAACCUAUUCAACAUAAGGUGGAACUUAUCAGUAUCGAUAGCACUUUGAAAACAGCAGAUUUAACUGCGGCUCUAGCAGAUCAAGAAAGCCCCUCUCAUAUCAAGUCCCCUGAGGGGAAAAAAAAGAAGAAAGAAAGGUCUGAAUUAAAAAUGAAAAUUCUGGGGAAGGACAAAUCACACAAGAAAGAAGCAAAAGCAAAAUCGUCACCAAAAAGGCUAAAAACACUAGGGGCAAGUUUUGACUUAGCUGAUCAUCCUGAAACUGAAAAAUCAGAUUUAAUCCCAAACUUUGAGUCACACACAACACACACGGAAGAUCCUGCUCUUUAUGCUAAGGUGGAACAUGAUUUAUCUGAUGUUGCAGUUUCACAAAAAUAUCCACAGAAAAGUGAAGCAAAAAGGCAGAAAGGCAAAGAAAUCCAAGAAAAACAAGAAGACAGAAGAACAGGGGAAACUGUCAAACUGCCGAAACUCAGUUUGGGUGACGUUGGUGCUGAGGAAAUCACAGAUGAUCCUUAUGAGAGACUGGCAAAAAGCAGUGAUUUCAGAACCCAACUUCCCAAACGGGAAGAGAUUGAGAUACCAGGUAUGGAGGAUAAGUCUGUGAAGACGAGAGCAAAAAGAAUUAAAGAACCUAAGGUAAAUUAUACAGGACAGAAUGGAGAAUUUCAAGCAGAAACUGUGCAACUGUCAAUUGAUGUUGACAGUGUGAAAGAGGCAGUUUCUAAAUUGCCUGGAUAUAAGUUGCCUAAAGUUGAUACAUCUGGCAUGCCUAUUCCAGAAGAAAUUACUGUGAUAGAUGCAAAUGCUCAAAGAAUAUCAGUGAAAACGCCUACAAAAGUGGUAGACACCAAAACAAAGCAUGGAGCAAGUCUUACAAAGUUUGACACAACUCCUUCUUUAGAAAUUUCCAAGACUACAAUUAAGCUGCCACAGAUCACAACCGGUCAAUUAACCUCAGAGGAUCUUUUAACUGAAACAAAAGUAAAAACUGAAAAGGAACAUGAAACUAAGAAAAAACAAAGCAGCAAAGAGAUUAAAACUGGGACCUAUAAAAGAGAAGAUAUUAUAAUACCGGGAAAGGAAAGUUUAGAGAAAGUAUCUAGUCUUCAGGCACAUGAGGCUGAUGAAACACGAGGAACAGAGGGUAUCAAAUCUGAAUAUGAAUCAGAUAAGAAAUCAAAGAAGGCAAAGAUGACAAUGCCUAGCUUUGGGAUAGCAAAGCCAGACAUAAGAAUCCCUGAUAUUGGAAUUGUCUUGCCAAAACAAAAUAUCUUUCAGCAAAAAGGGGACACAGCAAAAGGAGAAAAAACCGAAUUCCUCCAAGAAGUAACGACAUCAAAAGAUGAAAUUAAAAAAGACAAGGGGCAGACUGAAGGAGUCGUAUGUGAGGUUGUGAUUCCUGAACUCGAUAGCAUUGAAUACAUUGACUCAGUAGAUGGUUCACCAGCCAAAAAGGACAAUGGCAUUAGGCUUACAGGUUUUGAUGUAAAUCUUGAGUCACAACCAAAUGUGGAUAUUUCCCUUAAAGAAAUUAGAAAAGAAGGAAAAAGUACAGAAACUGAAGAGCAUGCAGCUAAAUUGCCUCAAUUUGGUGCUACUACUACAUACACCAGUGUAAAUGUGCCCGAUGGAGAUAAGCAUAUAAACCCUGAUGAAGCUGAGACAAAAACUCUUGAAAGAGAGGGAAAGGGUAGCAAGUUUAAAGUGCCAAAUGUUGGUAUCUCCAUGCCAAGGGUGAAAGGAAUAAAAACGGAUUCAAGCCUAUCAAAGAAAGGUGUAGCUGUGACACCACCGCCUGAGACCGAUGUUACACUUGGAAGUGUAGAUGUUUGUACUGCAGAACAAAUAAUGGAGGCAGAAAAAUAUGACCAGGAAAUAAAACAUCCUCAGGCAGAAGGUGAAUUUGAUAGGCAAGGAGGCAAGUUCAAGAUGCCAAAGUUAGGAAUUGCAAUGCCGAAAAUAAAAGGGUCUGAAUUUGACUUCAGUGUAUCACAGAAAAAUGAAGAUAUGAAACUGUCAGAAACGAAACCGAAGGUGAAACCCUCUGAUGCUGAACUAAAGGAAACCUCUGAUGCCGAAAUUAGAGCUCCUGAAAUGAAAGUGGUAGAAAAGUAUGUAGACGAAUCACCAUCAAAAUUUAAGAUGCCAAUGUUCAAACUACCUAAAUUUGGAUCUCCUAUGGCAAACACCAGUCAUGAAGUACAUGAUAAAUCAAAGGACAUUGAAAUUUGUGAAACACAGCUGAAAUCAACAGAAGGUGUCAAUGUUAACAUUCCAACACCAAACACUGAUAUUGUGGGAUCAUCUAUUGAUGUGAAAACAGUUGAUAUCAAACCACAGACUAAAACUAAAAUCGAUGUAAGUCUUGGGAGUGCAGAAGCUUUCUUUCCCCAGGAAAAGAAUGGAGAUGAAAUCGAAGUACAUGAAAGCAAGUUCAAAUUGCCAAAAUUUGGAAUAACAAUGCCAAAAGUAAAAGGACCAGAAGUUGAUUUUAACUUAUUGAAGAGAGAUGUAGAUGAAACACUUGAAGAAGCCAAAACUGAUGCUGAACGUAAAAAACCCUCUGCUCAAAUGGAAACAGAAGAUCCUGAUAUUAAAGAUCUGACAAAAGAUAAUGAGAACUCAAAAUUUAAGAUGCCUACAUUCAAAUUACCAAAAUUUGGAGUUGGUAUCCCAAGUGCCACAGGAGAAGUACCUGAUUUGGACACAGGUAUCAAAAUAGAAGGUGCUGAAGAGGUUCUUGAAGUUAACAUAGCAGCACCCAGCACUGAAUUAAAAGAACAUGAAGGCAAAGGAAGUAAGUUCAAAUUGCCAAGUCUUGGAUUUUCUGUCCCUCAAACAAAAGGACCUGACAUUGAUUUAAAUUCCUCAAAGAAAAGCAUAGAUAUUACUCUUCCAGAAGCUGAAGUGAAACUCCCUGAUGUUGAAGUUGAAAAAAAUUCUGCUGAGGUUGAAAUGAAAAUUGAGACAAAGGAAAAAAAAGAAUCACCAUCAGAGGAUAAGAUGCCAACAUUCCACUUACCAAAAUUUGGCAUUGGUAUCCCAAGUGGCACAGCAAAAGUACCGGAUAUGGACAAAGGUAUCAAAAUAGAUGGUGCUGAUAUUAGUAUCCCUGAAGAGGUUCUUGAAGUCAACAUAGCAGCACCCAGCGUGGAAUUGAAAGAGCCUUCAAUCUCCUUGAAAACCAGUGGAUAUGAACAUGAAGGACAAGAGAGUAAGUUCAAACUGCCAAGUCUUGGAUUGUCUGUCCCUCAAGCCAAGGGACCUGACAUUGAUUUAAGCUUAUCGAAGAAAGAUGUAGAUGUUACACUUCCAGAAGCCAAAGCUGAAGUCACACUCCAUGAUACUGAAGUGGAAACUGAAGCUUCUGAGAUCAAAGUUGAGACAAAGGACAAAAAAGGAUCAUCAUCAAAAUUUAAGAUGCCAACAUUUAAAUUACCCAAAUUUGGUGCCCGUAGUACAAAUGCAAAAGCAGAGGUACCGGAUAUGGAGAAAGAUGUUAAAGUAGAUGGAGCUGACAUUUGUAUCCCUGAAGAGGUUCUUGAAGGUAACAUUGCAGCACCCAGCACUAAAUUAAAAGAACCUUCAAACUUGAUGACAACUACAGGAACAGAACGUGAAGGCAAAGGAAGUAAGUUCAAACUGCCAAGUCUUGGAUUGUCUGUCCCUCAACCCAAAGGACCUGACAUUGAUUUAAGCUUAUCGAAGAAAGAUGUAGAUGUUACACUUCUAGAAGCCAAAGCUGAAGUCAAACUCCCUGAUGUUGAAGUUGAAAAACCUUCUGUUGAAGUGGAAAUUGCAGCUCCUGAGAUCAAAAUUGAGACAAAGGAAAAGAAAGGAUCACCAUCAAAGUUUAAGAUGCCUACAUUCCAAUUGCCAAAAUUAGGAGUUGAUAUCCCAAGUGCAGCAGCAGAGGUACCGGAUAUGGAGAAAGGUAUCAAAAUAGAAGGCGCUGAUAUUAGUAUCCCUGAAGAGGUUCUUGAAGUUAACAUUGCAGCACCCAGCACUGAAUUGAAAGAACCUCUAAUCUCCUUGAAAACAAGUGGAUUUGAACAUGAAGGAAAAGGAGGUAAGUUCAAAUUGCCAAGUCUUGGAUUUUCUGUCCCUCAAGCCAAAGGGCCUGACAUUGAUUUAAGCUUAUCAAAGAAAGACGUACAUAUUACACUUCCAGAAGCUAAAGCUGAAGUCACACUCCAUGAUGUUGAAGUAGAGAAACCUUCUGUUGAAAUUGAAAUUGAAGCUCCUGAGUUCAAAGUUGAGACAAAAGACAAAAAAGGAUCACCAUCGAAGUUUAAGAUGCCUCCAUUCCAAUUACCAAAAUUUGGCAUUGGUAUCCCAAGUGCAACAGCAGAGGUACCAGAUAUGGACAAAGGUAUCAAAAUAGAAGAUGCUGAUAUUAAGAUUCCUGAAGAGGUUCUUGAAGUUAACAUUGCAGCACCCAGCACUGAAUUGAAAGAACCUUCAAUCUCCUUGAAAACCAGUGGAUCUGAACAUGAAGGAAAAGUAAGUAAGUUUAAACUGCCAAGUCUUGGAUUAUCUGUCGUUCAAACAAAAGAACCUGACAUUGAUUUAAGCUUAUCGAAGAAAGAUGUAGAUGUUACACUUCCAGAAGCCAAAGCUGAAGUCACACUCCCUGAUGUUGAAGUACAGAAACCUUCUGUUGAAGUGGAAAUUGAAGCUCCUGAGUUCAAAGUUGAGACAAAAGACAAAAAAGGAUCACCAUCAAAAUUUAAGAUGCCUACAUUCAAAUUACCCAAAUUUGGCAUUGGUAUCCCAAGUGCCACAGCAAAAGUACCUGAUUUGGACACAGGUAUCAAAAUAGAAGGUGCUGAUGUUAGUAUACCUGAAGAGGUUCUUGAAGUUAACAUAGCAGCACCCAGCACUGAAUUAAAAGAACCUUCACUCACCCUGAAAACUACAGGAACAGAACGUGAAGGCAAAGGAAGCAAGUUCAAACUGCCAAGUCUUGGAUUGUCUGUCCCUCAAGCCAAAGGACCAGAUAUCAAUUUAAGUUUAUCAAAGAAAGAUGUAGAUGUUACACUUCCAGAAGCCAAAGCUGAAGUCAAACUCCCUGAUGUCGAAAUUGAAAAACCUUCUGUUGAAGUGAAGUGGAAAUUGAAGCUCCUGAGAUAA